AUGGAGAAUGGAAAUGUAUCAAGAAAGAAGAGCAAAAAGAAGAAGAUAAGGAGUAAUAGUCCACAAGCUGCAAAUACCACAGAAAAAUACUUUUGUGGAUUCAGUAAUAGAUCUGUUAGAAACAUCUGUGAGCAAAUUGAUAAUACAGAAAUACAGCCAGAAGUCUAUUCUAGACUAGCUGAAGAUGCAACUUAUAAACUUAUGGAAGUUGUUAAUAACAUCAAGAAUUAUGCUAAGCAUAGCGGUGGAAAAGUUACAUUUGAGUUGACUAAUGAAGUUCUUAAAGAUUCAAAUUGCUCAUUAAUUCUUGGUUCCGAUACUAAACUAUCGUACGAUUUUAUUGAGGAUGAUCAUAAGCAGCUCAUUUAUUUCACACGAGACGAGACAUUAGACUUGACAGAAGAGUUUAAUAAGCAUGUAACAGAGGAGAAUGUUAAUGGUCCGAUAUUCUUGACUAAUACUUUCUUACUGGAUGAAAAGAUUGACGAGGAUUAUAUCGAGUUUUACCAUAGCAUUUGUGACGCUGUGUUCAACGGAGACGAAGAAUGUACAAAUGAGGCAUUUAAGGUACUCAGUACAAGUUGUCAUGUAGCAGGAUUAGUUAAGCACUUCCUUAUUAAAUGGAUCGACAUGAUUGCUAUAAGCUACACAAAUAACAUUCUUGAUAAAUCUAUUGGAUAUUUGGAAGCGAUUUUAAGAAAUCCAUAUACCUCAAACAGUGAUAUGAAUAUAGAGCUUAAGCAUGUGUGUCAGUUGCUUUCUAGCUUACUUGUGGGAUCCAUUAAUGAUGAAGUAAGAGAAAAUGGACAUUAUACUGAACUGGAGCAUGAUCCAUCAGAAUAUGCUACUUACGAUUCCAAUAUAGUUUCUUAUGAUGGAAAUAACGGAAUCAUUGAUAAUAACAACGGAAUCAACAUUGAUGGUAUAUCCGAUGACUCAAAUAUGAAAUUCGACGACAACAAUGCGAUGCUUAUUGAGAAUUUCAGCAUGGAAUCUGAAAAGACAGGCAGAACACUCCGGGAUGAACUUAUUGAAGGUUUUGAAGACUAUUCAGUAAAAGCAAAGCUUGAAAAUCACGAAGAAGUAUCGAAAGACUCAGCAGAAUCGACUCGAUCAACAGGCGGUCGUAAUGACAUUGAGGAUGAAUUUAAUGCUCUUCUAUCCACAAACUGUGCAUCGACAAUUAAAUGCACUGAACAUUAUGUCGAUGCAAUUUGUAAAUUAAUUGGAAUGUGUGGCUCUAAAUGGUUCGGAGUUGAACAUUACUUGACUGUAUUAAUUAUUAGCGAGGUUGAGAACUACCUGAAGAUUAACAAAAGGAUUACUGAUUACGAGUGGCUAGGCAGAGUAGUCAAAGGAUUGUGGUCUUUAGGCGAAUUCUCAUUUCGGGAACUGCUCGUGUUUUUUGAAAAGGUGGAAACAAGAAAUCUGAUAAUAGGCUCAAAAUUAGCAUGCGACAUUAAUUGCUCAGGAAUUUAUCUUCGUGGAAAACGAGACAUUUUCUUUUAUGAAUUUUUAUAUGAAGUAUGUGGUGAUAAGCUACUUCCGUUCCUCGUUUAUUAUGCGAGAUACUUGCUGAAUUACAACAAGAGAACUGCAAAGAUUGAAGCAUAUAAUAAGGCACAGACUGAUUCGAUCUUUAAAAUAGCACCGAAGAAACGAUUUAUAGGAUAUAGAAUUCAAAGAUUACAUCCAAUAAUCGAUAAUCGUCAGCCAAUCACAAAACUCAUUUCUCAAGCACCAAAGACAAUCAACAUUCAGUAUGGACAUAAGAUAUCGACGAAAAAGAUGCGAAAGUUAACAAGGAUCGAUGAGAAGCGUGAAGUCAUUCAAAAUCCAGAAAAUUUAUAUUCAUUUAAUCAAAGAGUUGUUAUUGUUAAGGGACGAUACUUGAAAUCGCUGUCGAAUGAGAAGAAAAUUAAUUAUUACACAAGUUUUCACAAUUUUACUCUCUAGAAUAUAUGAUUAAGUUAAGUAAAGUAUUAAAAUAAAUCACAUAAUUAUGGAGAAAUUGAUUCCUGCCUUAGUUUUCAAGAAUGAAAAUGAUUGUAGUUUCGAUCUAGACAUUUUUUCUUUUGAUCGAGAAGUUCAAGUCCGAAAUCUUUUUGUGACAACGAAAGACUGUCCUUUAAAAAAGUUAAUCUACGAACAGCAAACAAAUAAGGAUGAGAAACCAAAAUCCAAGAAAUUCAUAUCCAGCAUUGACAUGAAACCGAAAUUCCAAGUUAAGCAUGUAUCAGAAGAGAUUAAAAUUACUGAUCAACCUUACAGGCGCAUAUUAUAUACAAGUUCUGUUGAAAUUCAUCGCAGUCACAAACCAGAGAAUCUGCCGUGC